CGAAUUUAUAAAGAACGAAUUGAUGAAUAUAUGAAAUUUGCAAAAGAUUAUGAAGAAAAAUUUGCACAGUUCCUAAAUGAUAGAGAACAAAAGGCAGAAACGCUAUAUGCAUCGUUAAUGGAUAGUAGUGAUAAAGCCAAAAUGGAUGAACAUUUAAAUGAAGAAAGAAAAACUCGUUAUGAUUCAGCAUGUAAUUUAAUGAAAAAAAUUGAAAAUGAACUUCAAGCAUAUUUAUCUUUAAGCGUUGCCAAAAUUGGUUUACAACCUGGUGGCAUAAUCAGCUUUGUUGAAACUAUAAAAAAAGUGACCAGUUCAGUUCAGGAAGCUUUAACUAGCGUCGAUAUAGAAAAAAUUGAAGAACUAUAUAAGUUAGCUACCGAUGUUGAUGUGAAAGAAAAUUUUGACCAACUUAAAGAUUUAGAAAAUCAGCAUGGAAAAAUAGAGAACUUAGAUAUUAAUGGCCUUGCAAAAAGGCUUGAAGCUAAUGAUCAAAAAGGAAUCUUAUUAAGCACCGAAUGGGAAUUAACUAGGCGUCAAAUGAUGAAAUUGCUUGAAUUUCCAAUCAAACAAAAUAUUGAAGGUGCUAAAAAAUAUUUAGAUUCAUUAGAGAUUUUUUUUAUAUUUAUUGAUGCAUACAUUAAAGCCAAAAUCGAAGAAAUCGAAAGUUCUGAAGAAUUUUUACGAACUAGUUUGCAAGCAAAAAUGUCAAAAAGAAAAAAAGACCGAGUUGAACUAAUGAUUAAAAAACACGAAUCAAAAAAUUAUGAUGAGAUUAAAUUUCAAUUAAUCGAACAUCUUAUCAAUAUUAAAUUUUGGAUGAUGAUAUACAUGGAAGAUUAUCUUUGUGCCUACGAAUAUUGGUCACUUUCAAAGUCAGAAAUAAAACCUUCAGUCAUUAAAACAUUCCAAGAAUUGGAAGAAGAUAUGAAUAAAAUUAGAGAUGAACUAGAGAGUACAUAUGUACAAUUUGGGCGUAGUCCUAAUCUUAAUUGGUCUUUAAUUAAAUUUGAUGAAGAAAAAUAUAUUGAUGAAUUUAAAAAUAAUCGAUCUGUUAUAAUAGAAAUUCCAUUGAAUUGUGAAGAAUUGAUGAAUUAUUCACAUAUAAACCUUCACGCUCUUAGGGUAUACUUAGAAGGGGUUGGAUCGGAAAAUGAGAUAAUCAGUCUCUAUAUUAGUAAUACAGGCACUUUGGCGAACAGAGAUAAAAAAAAUCAAGAUCAUCAUUUUAG